AUGUAGGUGAGUCAAAGCCUAAUCAGGAAACAGGAAGUAGAGGAUGUCAUGACAGCCACAGCGCAAGUCGUGGUUCAAUGGCACCAUGCCUGCUUCUGGUGAGGCUGGAGGGCUGAACGGGGGCCGCAGGAUGACCCUACUGGUCCUACUGUUGACGGCCGCCGCUCUGGGCUCCGUGCUCGGCGAGCACCUGCCCACCGCGGAGAGUGAGCUGGAGAACCAAGAUCCUGAGAACUCAGCCAUGGAUGCAGGUGCAGAAGAGCUCCAGCUCCCCAUCUCAGGUGAAGGUGACUGGCUUGACGGAGCCAUAGGAGACGACAAACUGCAUGAUCACAAAGGCAGGCGCCCAAAUGUUACUACCGGGGGUCCCGUUCAAGAGAGAGCUGGUCUCUCAAAGCCGUCGAUCACUGCAGGGCCUGGCAGCAAUCCUAAGCACGGGAUGGAUUUGAGCACCUUGACGAUGGCUGUCCCACUGGUCCUUCUGCUGCUGGUAGCGGGCCUUAUCGCUGUUGUCCUUGUCAGGCGAAGGCAGAGGAGCCAAUUCAACAGCUUGCAUAAAACAAAGGAUGACGAAUUAUUCAAAGACAAUGGCGAAAAGAUUCCAAUGCCUAAGUUUGAGGAAGACGUUCCAUCUGUCCUGGAAUUAGAGAUGGAGGAUCUGGAUAAGUGGAUUUCCAAAGACUCUGUGGGAAGCGGCCUGGAUUCCAGACACGAAAACUAAAGCAGCGUUUCAGCCCCCUGCAGAGACACCUGCAGCUACCCUGCCUGCUAAGGUACUGACACUCCGCUGUCCAUCGCAGGGCCCCAUGAGAGUGCAGUGGAGACUCCUUAUGCUGCCCCAUUUGGACUGGACAGACAUCACGCCAUCCUGAAUCCUUCUGCCACCACAACAAUGGCCUGCGGACUGCAGAUUACCAUGGAUUACUUUUCUCAUUGGCUGACUGGUACCACAAAGAGCAUCGUGCUAUAGUAAAUGAAAGCAAAUGGAAAGUCUCGUUAAAAGUCUUUAUCAUAAUCACUUUACUUCCUGUUUUAUUAGUAUAUUCGUGUACGAACACAUCAUAACAAAACAGUGGACAUUAGGUAAUACAUCUAUUUCCGUUCAUAAAAACAUUCAGUUAUAAAACUUAAGUAGAUUCUCAUAAAAGGAUUUUGCCGCGGAAAAGGCGGGGGGGGGGGACAUUUUUUCCUCUGGUUUUUAUUCUUUACUCCGGAACCUGCACAGGGAAUGGUCGGACAUGAUGUUUCCUGUGGUACUGGAUAUGUCGUAUUCUUGGAUAGCGUUUGUACAGGGACCUGGCCGCUGUCGGAUGGGCGUGUGGGUGUGUGUAUGCGCUUUUCAUUACUUACAAUUCUUUUAAAUGUCUUCGCCAUUCAACCUUCAGGAGAAGAAAAUAGUGGACGGGUGGUAACUCCGUGUGCCGCUCUCCUGUUUUCUGUGCUGCCAACUUCUAAGUACCAUUCCACGUGUCUUUUUGAUAUAAACAGGAUAAUAAAAAAUAUCUUAGUAAUAUAGGAAGAUGGGUUGGGGAAAACAGUGAUUUGUCACGUGGGUCGGAUAUACAUUAGCAAAUGUAACUCCCCGCGGAGAUAACGUGCGCCGGUUUUAGCGGUGCGAUGUGCGCAUGUGCGGUGAGCAUUCCAGCCUCGUCCUCACAGAAGCAUGCCGACGUUGAUCAUGAAUGCAAUGCUGUACCGUCGGCAGUAUAUCACCUUUACCGGUUACCGGAUUUGGGGGAGAUGAGAGUUUGUAACCUUGCCUCUAAGUACGAGAAAAACCCUUAAUGUUUUUUCAGUCGCAUAUAUUUAUAAAUGUAUUAAAUUAGGUAUUUUACCUUUUUGCCGCUCUGCCUAAGCUUUUAUCUGUUUUUGCAUUUUGUAAAUUAAACUCUUCAAACAAAAGCUUUAUAUUUUUGUUAUUGUAAUAGCUUGUUUUCAUACGUAAUAAUUAAUUUGGUGCUAUAACAUUAUGCUACUCAUGAAAUUUGAUGAGACGUGGGUUUUUUUUUCGGAACAGCUAGGCCGUGAGCGAACAGUGUAAAAAUGCAGGUCACAUCCAAAUCUGCUGGACGGCUCGUAAACGAAAGGUUGGCGAACAUAUCUGGCUGUCUUUCUACCUGGACGACCCAUCUUUUCGCCGGGUGUCCAAUGUCCCGUCCCACGUCUCUGUGUCACGUGAGUCUGGCAGUUAGCGACUAACGUCCCUGCCCCGAACCCCCCCCGCCCAGAUCCCUUACGUCUCCUUGGCCUCAGCUGUGCAUCAUUAGGUCAUAAUAGAGCUCAUAAGAUCAGAAAAUGGGCGCGGGGACAGGGAUCCUCCAAGGCAAUGCAUACCAUUAGGGGCUAUAUGACAUAAUGAAUAGGGUCAAUAUUACUUUGAUCCCAGCUAGGUAUGUACAGGAUUCUGGAGAGAAAAAAAUCACCAAGAUCAUUACUCUUCCUUCAGUGUGCCAUCAUAACAGUUGCAUCUGUGAACUACAGAUGCAAGGCAAUGUUCCACGUUGUCUCUGAACCUGAUGAAGAAGCCUGUCAUAUAGAUUCCCUAAAACUGCCCAUCUGUGUCAGAUGUGUUCGCCUGAAUUGUUUCUGGAAAGUGUUACCAUGGUAAAGUGUGAUUUUUUCUUCUUCUUUCUUUUGUCCCAGGUAAUAGCUUUUCCCUGGGGAGUAUAAAAACAGCAAGUGUUCAGAGUUGUUUGAGCAGCCCUAUUUUUUAAUAAAGCCGUAUCUUCAAGUCCUC